AUGGAGGCAUCAACUGGACGGAUUCCCAUUCAUGGAGAGGGAGAAGUCCAGAGCGCUCGUCCUGCAAACCCAAGUCCUUCUCCUGAAACUGUCCAGGAGGAAUCCGAUGCUCGAGGCUCUCCAGACCCCAGCCCGUCCAAACCAAGGACGGCCUCAGAUGAGUCGAACGAAGCUGAAACUUCUUCUAACUCGGCUAGCGACUCAGAAGAGCCCUCCACAACUUCCUCCGAGAUAAGGCGUCGUCUUGGCCCCUUAUCUGACCCUAGAUACAUUCUAGCUGACAGCGACUCGGCCAAGACAAAACUCAGAAAAUCUUGGAAAGGAGAUAUGAGUUCGGCCAGAUUCACAGACUCCCUCUGGAAGGAGUACAACAAAUCCGGCGCUGAGAAGAGGACGGAUACACUGAAAAAUGCCCCAACGUCCAAGGCGUUGGCGGAGAAGGUGGCCUCCAAGAAAAGACCGGCCACAACUGGUGAGGCACCACCACCCAAGAAAUCCAAAGGCUUCAUGGCCAAGAAGAAGAAGCCCUCUCGGCCGGCACCUAAAGUGGUGAUUUCUAUCCCGGCUGAGGAUGAGUCUCCGGCUACAGAGGAGAGGGCCAUGAUUCCUUAUGCCGGCCCCAUCGACCAGACUCCUCCUCUUACAUCUGAGCAACCAGAGGCAGUUGCUCAACUGGACGGGUCAGAAGCUAAGCCAGCUCAGCCGGACGCGACUUUAGACGGAUCGGCUUAUAAUGGACCAGUCGCCAAGCUGGUAGGCCAGAUGCCGGAGGCAUAUAGGACGACCUCCCGUUCUUCUGGCCUUGAAAUACUGGCCGAAGAGGAUGACAUCCCUAGGUAUGUUCACCGGCUAGAAUUUCAGGAGAGCCUGCACAAAGCUAACAUUAAAGGGGAGGAACCCCCCGUCUUCCAGGAGUCUUCAGAAGAUGAAGAGGAAGAAGAAGUUGAGGCCCAGGACGAAGAGAAUAACACUCCUCCAGAAGCUUAA